AUGCCCUCUUUGGUCAUUCUUUAUCUUUGUAAGUCCUUCAUUUGCGGAGAACAUGUUCUUUGGGUUUUAUUUCCAGAGUUACAAGACGCUGUGGAGGAGGUCCUCCCCAGUCUGUUGGAGCAGCAGGUCACUGUUUUCAUCCUGGCUGACAGAUGCAGAACAGCAGGUGUGGAGAGCUUCAAAGACAAAAUGAGCCAGGUCUCUUCUGAGCCUCUGCCCAAGGAUUUAAGAUCACAUUUAACCUUGCAGAGUCUGGCACUCUAUGUGUACACAUCAGGGACGACAGGUCUCCCUAAGGCAGCGGUGAUCACUCAUAGAAAACUGUGGGCCAUGUCUUUUCUUCAGUCUACAGCAGGAGUGAACAACAAAGAUGUGGUUUAUGUAAGCCUCCCUCUCUAUCACGUCGCCGGCUUCGUUGGACUCACCGGAGCCCUCCAGAGGGGUAUCACUAUUGUUUUGAGGAGUAAAUUUUCGGCAUCUCAGUUCUGGGACGACUGCAGGAAAUACAACGUCACCGUCAUACUGUACAUUGGUGAAAUUAUGCGUUAUCUCUGCAACACACCAAAGAACGUCAAUGAUCGAAACCACAAAGUGAGACUUGCAGUAGGCAACGGGAUCAGGUCAGAUGUCUGGAGGGAAUUCUUACGCAGGUUUGGAAACAUUCAAAUCAAAGAGUUUUACGCUGCAACAGAGGGGAAUUUUGCUCUGAUGAAUUACAUCGGCAAGAUUGGAGCCAUUGGUCGAGACACCUUUUUCCACAGGAGGUUUUUUCCAUAUGCUGUGAUCAAAUAUGACGUGGACAAAGAAGAACCUUUGAGGGAUUCAUCUGGUUUCUGCAUUGAGGCUGCCAAAGGUGAGCCUGGACUUCUGGUGUCUGAAAUAUCAGUGAGAGCUCCGUUCUCUGGUUACGCAAGAGACCUGCAGCAGACUGAGAAGAAGAGGCUGCAUAACGUCUUGAAGCAAGGAGACGUGUACUUCAACACGGGCGACCUGGUUCUCAUUGACAAAGAUAAUUUCAUUUACUUUCAGGAUCGUGUUGGAGACACUUUCAGAUGGAAAGGAGAGAACGUGGCUACGACUGAGGUGGCGGAUGUCAUCACACUGGCUGACUGCAUUAAAGAAGCCAGCGUGUACGGAGUUGAGGUGCCAGGUCAGGAGGGGAGGACUGGAAUGGCUGCUGUAAUUUUAAGAGAUGGACAGAUGUUUGACUCCGCAGAUGUUUUUAAACAUAUUGAAAACUUCCUGCCAGCCUACGCAAGGCCACGUUUCAUGAGGAUUCAGAGUUCCUUGGAAGUUACAGGCACAUUCAAGCAUUUGAAAGUGAAGCUGAUCGAAGAGGGCUUCAACCCCGAUAAAAUAAAGGACCCAGUCUAUUUUCUGGAUGAAAAGGAAAAGAACUAUGUCCCACUCACACUGGAUAUAUUCAACGCAGUUACAUCAGGGAAAAUGAAAAUUUAAAGUGGUUUUUGUUGCCCCUUUGGUCCCUCUGUUAAAGGAAAAAUCCACCUGCUCGCACAUCACUGUAACACAUCACUCAUCGGUGACGUUCAGUGCAUUUGAGGGUUUAUUUUGUGAUGAAGGGUUAUAAUUUAUCAUUGUGAAGCUAAUGUCUGUAUUUGCACUAAAGCAGUGAUUUCAUACAUAUAUCUAAAUAACUUAAAUUCUGCUUUACAGAGAUCAUGGUUGACUCAUCUCAUUACUGUUAAUGUUUAGAAACAUUUGUAACACAUUGGAUUUAAUAGUAGUUUACUUAACCGACUGGUUUGUUAUUGUAUAAUGGUGCAUAGUGAUGCAUAAAAACUGUAUUUUUCAUGUACCUCAAUAAACAUUAAUCAGUGUCCUUUCAAA